AUGAUUGCAAAGUGCAAAGAAGAAGAAGAGAAGGAGGCUGCUAAACUGAAAGCUGCCAGCACUACUGAUUCAGAAGAAGAAUGUGAAAAUGUGAGUCAAAACGAUUUGAUGCCAUUAGAGAGUGAAACAGAUGAAGAGAUUGGGAGUUCAAAGAGUGAUGAGGAUCAUGAUGAAGAAGAAGAAGGAAAUGCUGAUCAAAAGGCAGCCAUUGAUGAAAAGGAAAGUUCCUUUAGCUUUAAAGCUAUUGCUGCAUCAUUUAUGAAAAUUUUCACUAAAAAAGAAGCAAAAGCUCAUGAUUCACAAAUCGGUAAAGCUGAUGCAAAAGGAAUCUCAAUAGAAAGGAAGGGAUUGAGCGUCAGUGCUGAUGCUAAAGGGAUUGAAACAAAAACUGCAACAGUGACAGCAGCUGGUGUGAAAGGAGAAGGCAAGAUAAAUGUCAAUGUAGAAGGGAAGGGCCUAAGUGCAACUGCAGCGGAUUUAAAAGUAACAGGAGGAAAGGGAAAUGUUGGAGUAGAUGUUAAAGCAUCAGUUAAAGGUGGAGAUGUGUCGGCUCUUAAAGCUGAUGUCAGUGGUGCUGAAGGUAAUGUUGGUGCAUCAGGGAAAGCUGAAGGUGUUAGCGUGGCUGCUGAAAUAGCUAAAGUAAAAGCAACUGGAGGACAAGCGGAUGCCAGUGCAUCUGCUGAAGCAGAAGCAACUGGUGUAGCUGCUAGUUUUGGAAACACUACCAUUUCUGGAGCUAAAGCAACAGCAAAUGCCUCCAGCUCAGCAGAAGUAAAAGGUGCUAGUAUCAAUGCAGGCAAAGCAGAUGUCUCUGGAGCUAAUGCUACAGCACGUGUUGGAGCUAAAGUUGAAGUUGAAGGGUUUGAUGGACAAUUUGGUUCAGCAAAAGUUGUUGGAGUAGAAAAAAAGAUUGAAACAAGUGCAGACGUGAAUAUAACAGGUAAAAAGGUGAUUAUGGGUACAGCAACUGUUGAAGGAAUAAAAGGAGGAGCAAGUGCAAAAGCUACAGCAAGUGUUGAAGGCUCAACAAUAAAAGCAGCAAAUGUUAGAGUGACUGGGAUAGAUGCUACAGCUUCAGCUAAAACAAGUGUUAGCACAGGGGGAUUUGAAGGAGAAUUCGCUAAUGUUCAAUUAAGUGGACAUGGAGGUAGUGGAGUAAGUGCUAAUGCUGAAUUGAAACCAGGAGUGGAAGCUGGUAACAUUAGUGCUGGUACACACAUGCGUCCUGGAAUAUCUGUUUCUACAAAAGUUGGAAUUGGAAAUUUUAACUUGUCUGAAGGAAGGGAAGCAACUAGAAGGAUUGCUCAGAGAGAUGCUGAAGAAAUAAUGAAAGAAGUGGGCUUUAAAGAGACUGUGAGUGCCUUGAAUGUAAAGAAGAUUGGAAUGGAGGAAGGGGCAGAGAUUGCAAAAGAAAUGAUUGCAAAGUGCAAAGAAGAAGAAGAGAAGGAGGCUGCUAAACUGAAAGCUGCCAGCACUACUGAUUCAGAAGAAGAAUGUGAAAAUGUGAGUCAAAACGAUUUGAUGCCAUUAGAGAGUGAAACAGAUGAAGAGAUUGGGAGUUCAAAGAGUGAUGAGGAUCAUGAUGAAGAAGAAGAAGGAAAUGCUGAUCAAAAGGCAGCCAUUGAUGAAAAGGAAAGUUCCUUUAGCUUUAAAGCUAUUGCUGCAUCAUUUAUGAAAAUUUUCACUAAAAAAGAAGCAAAAGCUCAUGAUUCACAAAUCGGAGGGGGAGCAAAUGGUUCCAGUACAAAUGGAGGAGGAGGAGGAGGAGCAAAUGGUUCCAGUACAAAUGGAGGAGGAGGAACAAACGGUACCAGUACAAAUGGAGGAAGAGCAAACGGUACCAGUACAAAUGGAGGAGGAGCAAAUGGUACCAGUACAAAUGGAGGAGCUAAAGGAUCAAGAGGAGGAGGAGAAGCAAAUAGAGGAGGCCACACAGCUGGAGGAGAUGUUGAAGGUAUUCAUGGUUUGUUCCGUGGGCCCGUGACUGAUGGACCUCAUCAGACAACCGGCAAAGAAGAGAUGACUGAAGAAGUUGAAUACCAUGUGCUACUCAACACUGAAGCUCUUGAAGUGAUGAAAGGUAUUCAUACUGAAGGAAAAGAACCGUUGAAAAAAAGGAAUCCACCAAAAACUAGGGAAGAAGCAAAACAAAGAUACAGACAAGAAUUAGUUAAAAAAAGGAAUGAUAUAAUACAAGCCAAUCCUGAAACAUUCCGCAAUGGAGAACUGGGAACCGAUAAUGGGACAGGAACAGGAGCAGGAAUGGGAAGAGGUGGAACAGGAACAGGUGGAGGAAGAGGAACAGGUGCAGGUGGAGGAAGAGGAACAGGUGCAGGUGGAGGAAGAGGAACAGGUGCAGGUGGAGGAAGAGGAACAGGUGCAGGUGCAGGUGGAGGAAGAGGAGAAAGAAAUGAGAUGCAAGAAGAAGAAUUUAAAGAACCUGAAAAACCGUCCGGACCCAAAAAGAACAUUCACACAAUCUUCACAGGAACAUCUAGUGGAAGCAGAGGAACUAAGAAUUUGGGUGGAAGUGUAUACGGAUUCAAAUAA